UUCAUUUUAUGUAGAGAGGGUAGUCUCUUUUUUUUUUCUGGCGGUUGUACGAGCUGCAGCAGCCGGGUUAGUAUCCCUUUCCGACUGUGCGGAUCGAUUAUCGGAAGAGCAAUUUUAACCGUUUUUAAACCGGUCCUGCACUGGUUUACAUCUGCUCUCCGCCACUGUUGUGUUCAUUCUGCGAUGGACUAUCGUAGUUCUCCCAACCGAAGUGUGGAUUUGCCGCGCCGAAACGCGUGAAAAUGUCACCUCAGCGGGAGAGGCGCGUGCCACAUCUCUCCGCGGCACUUUAACACUCUUACAUUCCUCUCAAUAUUUACCGCACCGCUCCAGCGGCGGCCGCGGGGCAUUGCUCCCUUUUUUUUUUUCCCCUUUUUUUUAAAAAAAAAAAAAAAUACUUAUUUAAAAGCAAUGUUUCGGGACUAGACGGGCAUUGUUUGUGUGUGGUUUUUUUUUUUUUUCCCCUUCCAGAAGAAACAACCUUGCGUCCGGCUGGAAGCAACAAGCGGCACGCGCAAGGUGUUUUAUUUCUUUUCCCGUCGUUGAUGUAAACUUCCCGCGGCCGUGCUGCUAGUACUGCUGCUCUUUUUCUUGUGUGGUAUUUAUUGUACUUUUUGGGCGGUGUGGCGACGCGCUGAUGCCGAUACUCCGGACGGACGGGCUCCUGCUCCCGGAUCUGGGCUCCUCCUCCUUGGUCUUCGUGCUCUUCUUCCCUCACAGUUUUUGUGUCACUCAAUCGGUGUCGGUGCCGAACACUGCCGAGUGUCGCUGAGGAGUGCGGUGCUUCCGACACCUCCCGCCGUCAUCCUCCUCAGCGCCCGUCGGCAUCGUCGUCAUUCUAUUCGGGAACCAUGGGCGCCGCUGCUAAGGUGGCCUUCGCCGUCUUCCUCAUCUCCUGCUCCUCAGGAGCAAUCCUUGGCCGCUCAGAGACCCAGGAGUGUGUAUAUUUCAACGUAAGCUGGGAAAAGGAGCGCACGAACCGCAGUGGUAUCGAGGCUUGUGUCGGCGAAACAGACAAGCGGCGGCACUGUUUUGCCACAUGGAAGAACGUGUCAGGCUCCAUCGAGAUCGUGAAGCAGGGCUGCUGGCUUGAUGACGUCAAUUGCUAUGACAGCCGCGAGUGUGUGGAGAGGAAAGAGGGUCCUGAUGUCUUCUUCUGCUGCUGUGAAGGCAACAUGUGCAACGAAAAGUUUUUCUACAGCCCGGACGCUCAGCCUGUGCAGACAACCUCAAACCCGAUGCCCCCUAACCCCCCCCUGUGCAACACGCUGCUGUACUCCCUGGUACCCAUCAUGGGGAUUGCGGUCAUCGUCGUUUUCUCCUUCUGGAUGUACAGACAUCAUAAGCUGGCCUAUCCUCCAGUUCUGGUGCCCACCCAAGACCCAGGACCACCUCCUCCCUCUCCUCUUUUGGGCCAGAAGCCCCUGCAGCUGCUGGAGAUAAAAGCCAGGGGGCGCUUUGGCUGUGUGUGGAAGGCCCAGCUGCUCAGUGAAUACGUGGCUGUCAAGAUUUUCCCGCUGCAGGACAAGCAAUCGUGGCAGAAUGAGUACGAGAUCUACACCAUGAGUGGCAUGAGGCACGAGAACCUGCUGCAGUUCAUUGGGGCUGAGAAAAGGGGCACCGGAGUGGACCUGGAGCUGUGGCUCGUCACAGCCUACCACGAGAAGGGCUCACUGACCGACUACCUGAAGGCUAAUGUGGUGUCCUGGAAUGAGUUGUGUCACAUUGCCCAGACCAUGGCCAGGGGCUUGGCCUACCUCCACGAGGACAUCCCAGGCCUGAAGGAUGGCCACAAGCCUGCCAUUGCCCACAGAGACAUCAAGAGCAAGAACGUACUGCUGAAGAACGACCUGACGGCCUGCAUUGCGGACUUUGGCCUGGCACUCAGGUUCGAGGCGGGGAAGUCUGUGGGCGACACACACGGCCAGGUGGGAACCCGGAGGUACAUGGCCCCCGAGGUCCUGGAAGGUGCCAUCAACUUCCAGCGAGAUGCUUUCCUGCGGAUAGACAUGUACGCUGUGGGGCUGGUGCUCUGGGAGCUGGCGUCGCGCUGCACAGCUGCAGACGGUCCGGUAGACGAGUACAUGUUGCCUUUUGAGGAAGAGGUGGGCCAACACCCUUCUCUGGAGGACAUGCAGGACGUGGUUGUCCACAAGAAGAUGCGGCCCACACUGAGGGAGUGUUGGCAGAAGCACACGGGCCUAGCCAUGCUCUGCGAGACCAUUGAGGAGUGCUGGGACCACGAGGCAGAAGCGCGUCUGUCAGCUGGCUGCGUAGAGGAGCGCGUUGUCCAGAUGCAGCGGCAGACCAGCAUCUCUGCGCCUGAGGAGAUCGUCACUGUUGUCACCAUGGUGACCAACGUGGACUUCCCACCCAAGGAGUCCAGUCUAUGAUAGAUGGCACUAAGAGGGCGGGGCUAUGCACCCCACAUGGAUAAAUGCAAAUGACCAAUGUGACUCGCCUUGCCUUCAGAGUGGCUGACUCAGGCGAGGUUCCUCCACCUGUGGCUCUGCCUCCCGUUAAGACUAGCCAGUUGUCAGAGGUGUGCAGUGAGGAAGCGCUGCCACACUGCCCACAUUCAGGAAUACCUGCACCGUACUGGAUUGUACCCACAGUGCCGGUGUGUCUGAGGACUGCCAGUGCGGUCUUGGUGGAAGCUGUGCAGGAGCGACGCAAACAAUGUAAACGUGAUCUUUCACCGCAACACCUAAAGGUGACGACGGGUGUGUUGCCUGCUCGCCCUGAGGAUGGCGCUCUCGCACGCUCUUUUGUACUGAAGAAAGGACUUGACGAAAUGGACGUCUGCUAGUUUUUCUAGGAAAACUACGUGAACCGUGACAUUUGCUUUCACUUCAGUAUAAAAAGGGCAACGUGUUUUUAAAAGCAAACCUGCGGUUUUCAUGUUCAUGCAAACGACUAUUGUAAUGCCAAUAAGAAACAGCUUCUGAAUGUUUAGUGUACUGCUGCUGUACAUACAUCAAUGUAAAAAAAAAAAAAAAAAAAAAAA